AAAAAUACCCGACAAACCCGUAUUCUGAAAACCUAAUAAAGUACGGCGUCUGGUUUAAGAUUCUGAAUGUUUGAUGCCGAAAACCUACCUGUGACAGAUGAUAAGGACUCCUGCUCGGCCGUUUCCUUCCACCUCCCACUAUUCUGGUAGAAUUACUAGUUUUUGCUCCAUCGCAAAGAUCCAAAACUAGUAGGUGAGCUUUCUUCUUCCCAAACCAUCUAUGCUGAAUUUCUUCUGCAAAACUGUUCUCAAUGGGACUCAUUGCACCAUCAGGGCUGCCUUGGCAGCCCCCAAAUCAUUAUCAUAUUCCAGACACAUCUCAAGCACUUCAAACCAACACUCAUUUACAGUCUCCUAUCUCAUGAACUCAUGUGGAUUAUCCCCAGACACUGCACUAUCUGCUUCUCAACAUGUUAAUUUUGAAACCCCAGAUAGAGCAGACUUGGUCAUUGGCUUUUUCAAGAACCAUGGUUUCUCAGAAUCCCAAAUAUCAACCGUCAUUCAAAGAGUCCCUCCUGUGCUUUUAGCAGAUCCGGAGAAAACCCUUUUGCCCAAGUUGGAAUUUUUACACUCCAAAGGCUUUACAAGCUCUGAAAUUGUUGGAGUCGUAUCUAGAAACCCACCCAUAUUGGAGCGAAGUUUAAAGAAACAAAUAGUCCCUUCUUUUGUUUUCUUCAGGAACUUGCUUGGAACCGAUGUGGAGGCUGCUGCUGCUGUUAAACGCUUUUCGGGUAUUCUCUCUGCCGACCUUGACACUUUUGUGGCUAAUAUCGAUAUCAUGCGAGAAAAUGGAGUGCCCGAAACAAAUAUAGUUAAGUUUAUCAAAGAACACCCCCGAGUUUUCAUGACAGAUGCGGUCAGGUUUAAAAGAACUGUGGAGGAAGUGAAGGAAAUGGGUUUCAAUGCCUCAAACGUGAAAUUUGUUGAAGCUGUUUAUGCAAUGACAGGAAUGAGUAAAUCGACGUGGGAGAGGAAGGUUAAUGCUUAUAAGAGGUGGGGUUUAUCUGAGGCAGAAAUUAUUGUAGCGUUUAAAAAGCAUCCCUUGUAUAUUUUAGCUUCUGAGGAUAAGAUUGAGAGGGCAAUGGAUUUCUUUGUCAACAAAAUGGGUUGGGAGUCUUCGCUUAUUGUUGAGCGCCCGAUACUUGUGUUGCUGAGCUUGGAGAAGAGAAUUGUUCCAAGGACUUCCGUUAUUAAAGAUUUAGUGUCGAGAGGUUUGGUCAAGAAGGAUAUUUACUUACCUACAGUGUUCGAGUAUCAGGAGAAGAAGUUCCUGGAGAAGUUUGUGACGCCUUACAUGGAAGCUUCUGAGCUAUUGAAGCUGUACGAGGAAAAAGUGGAUCUUUCAGAGAUGGGAAGAGAGUGGAAUUUGUUAGGCAAAGAGUGAGAUGAAGGAGUUGUAGCCCAAAUUUUGGAGAAGCGAACUAGUCCAAAUUUUGUUUUGUAAUUUCUGCUGUUGGGAGAUCUGGUCAAGAUUAGGGUGACUUUGCCUGUUUGAGGAUCAUGAAAUACUCUUUUCUGCAGAAUUGUAUAAAAUGUUAUUGAGGAAGCUCCUUAUAUAUAUUGAAGCUUUAUUAAGGGAGAGAGCUUGGGCUGCUCUUGCAAAUGUUUGCAUCUUGAAUCCAAUUGCUUUAUGCUUCCCUUAUUCUGUUACUUGAUCCCAUUGUUCUUGAACUUGCUUUAGUUCAUAUCUUAGAGGGCAAUUCAUUCUA